AUGUGUCCACAACAGCUGUCGCAGCCAUAUAUGGACGCCAUUUGGAGAGAUUUGGAAAAAUUUGGAGAGAUUUGGAAAGAUAUGGAGAGAUAUGGAGAGAUUUGGGGAGAUGUGGAGAGAGUUGGAGAGAUUUGGAGAGGUGUGGAGAGAUUUGGAAAGAUUUGGAGAGGUGUGGAGAGAUUUGGAAAGAUUUGGAGAGAUGUGGAGAGAUUUGGAGAGAUUUGGAGAGAUGUGGAGAGAUGUGGAGAGAUGUGGAGAGAUUUGGAGAGAUUUGGAGACAGUUGA